UAAAAAAACCAGCCAGGCAGGAGGGCGACAGAGAAGAGCGGAGCUGAGCCGUGAGGGGAGCCGAGUUUACCGAGUACAUGACACGGCGUGUCCCGGUGAAGGAAAUUAUCACCCAACAUUCUGGGAUUAAUAUUUUCAUCUGUACAAGUGGCUGCAGGUGAAGCUGUCUGUCUUUUGUGAUUGGAGCGACUCAGACACAACACUAACGGGAGCAGCCGGCUGCAGCGUAGCUGAAGAUGUCUGAUAAUGGGGAGGUCGAGGACAAGCCCCCAGCUCCACCCAUGAGGAACACCAGCACCAUGAUUGGCUCCUGCAACAAGGACCCCGCCCCCCUCAACCAUGGCUCCAAGCCCCUCCCACCAAACCCAGAGGACAAGAAGAAGAAAGACCGCUCAAUCAGAUUUAUACUUACUGGAGGGGGAGAUAAGACCUAUAAGAGGAAGGAGCGUCCGGAGAUUUCUCUGCCGUCAGAUUUCGAACACACCAUCCAUGUGGGCUUUGAUGCAGUUACUGGGGAGUUUACUGGCAUGCCUGAGCAGUGGGCUCGGCUCCUGCAGACCUCCAACAUCACCAAACUGGAGCAGAAAAAGAACCCACAGGCCGUCCUCGACGUCUUAAAGUUCUACGACUCGAAGGAGACGGCCAACAGCCAGAAGUACAUGAGCUUCACAGAUAAAAACACAGACGCCUACAACUCCUCCAACACAACGCAGAGUUCCAAGGCCGUGUCCGAGACGCCCGCCAUAGAAACCCUAUCCGAGGACGAUGAAGAUGAGGCAGAGCCCCCGCCGGUGAUCGCCCCACGACCAGAGCACACCAAAUCAAUAUACACACGCUCGGUGAUCGAGCCCCUCCCUCCUCCUCCGACCAAAGAUGCCGCCACCUCCCCUAUCUCCCCGCCUACAGCUGCUGCCGCUGCUGUUACCCCUGCCCCGCCUGCAGAGAGUGCCCCCAGCAGCCCACCCAGUGCAAGUCCUGCCCCCGGGCCCUCUGUGCCCCGUCCACAGGAUAAAACCAGGAAGAAGAAGAUGUCAGACGAGGAGAUCCUGGAGAAACUACGGACGAUUGUAAGUGUUGGAGACCCCAAGAAGAAAUAUACACGCUUUGAGAAGAUUGGACAAGGGGCGUCUGGGACCGUGUACACAGCCAUAGACAUCGCUACAGGACAGGAGGUUGCCAUCAAACAGAUGAACCUGCAGCAACAGCCAAAGAAGGAGCUGAUCAUCAACGAGAUUCUGGUGAUGAGGGAAAAUAAGAACCCAAACAUUGUCAACUACCUGGACAGUUACCUGGUGGGUGACGAGCUGUGGGUGGUGAUGGAGUACCUGGCCGGAGGUUCACUGACCGACGUGGUCACAGAAACCUGCAUGGAUGAAGCCCAGAUCGCCGCUGUGUGCAGAGAGUGUCUCCAGGCGUUGGAGUUCCUCCACUCCAACCAGGUCAUCCAUCGAGACAUCAAGAGUGACAACAUCCUGCUGGGCAUGGACGGCUCCGUCAAGCUCACUGACUUUGGCUUCUGCGCUCAGAUCACUCCUGAGCAGAGUAAACGCAGCACCAUGGUCGGAACUCCGUACUGGAUGGCCCCGGAGGUCGUGACCCGUAAAGCGUACGGACCUAAAGUGGACAUCUGGUCUCUGGGCAUCAUGGCCAUUGAGAUGGUGGAGGGCGAGCCGCCGUACCUGAACGAAAAUCCACUCAGGGCGCUGUAUCUCAUAGCAACCAACGGGACGCCAGAGCUGCAGAACCCAGAGAAACUGUCGGUGACAUUCAGAGAUUUCCUGAACAGAUGUCUGGAGAUGGACGUGGAGAAGAGAGGGUCGGCUAAGGAGCUUCUGCAGCAUCAGUUUCUGAAGAUGGCGAAGCCUCUCUCCAGUCUGACCCCUCUCAUCGUGGCUGCCAAGGAGGCUGCCAAGAACAACCGUUAGCAAGCUUUGCACUCAUUAUUUCAUCUGUCAGUCUCUCUCUUCAUCCCUCCAUCCUCUCUCUGCUCUUUCUUCUUUUGUUUUCUCAGUAGACGAGAGGCUGAUUAAGGCUGCUGGCAGGGUUAUAAAACCAGCAAAUGCCUUCAGUCUUCUCUUCCUCCCCUCCACACUCCUCCUCCCGUUCUCCUCACAGGGAGAAAAAAAGAAGGUUCUUCCUGUAACGUCUUUCCUCAUCACUCCGCUGGAUUCGGACUCAAAGCAGGGGGCUAAUUGAUGACAUCAUCAGUCGAUCCGUGAUCAGGUGACGCCAUUGCUGAUACGUAAACGCCGCAGCCAGUAUGAACAAUCUGAUAUGAGAGACAGAGUUCUUCCUCAGCGCCCCGAGACUCAUGGGAGUUUUUCUGAAUCAUUUCGUCUUUUUCUGCACAACAGCCAACCAGCGCUCCACUGACAGCUGUGUAUGUGUGCGUUCAAACUUCCACGCUUCCUGUCAUUCUUUCACAGGUUUCAAUCUGUUUUGUUUUCUUUUUUCUCAAAGUGCAUUUGCUAUUUUUUUAUUUUAUCCUACUUUUUUUAAAUCAACGUGUCUGAGUGUGUGUGUGUUUGUGCGUGUGUUUGUUACACAGGGGAUGCUGGGAUGUUGAUUCAGUUGAUUGUAGCGUAAUCUUCUGUAGUUUUUGACAUGGAGGCGGUGAGGUUUGGUACUUUGUUGUGUCUGCAGUGUGAGCUGUGCGUUAUAGGUUAUCAUUAUUAAUUAAAUAAGGACAGACUGUCGAGCCCAGAGCCACCGAUGGACUGAGUGCGUCAUUGGUAUAAAAUGGUAAAUAGCCUUGAGCUUGUAUGGCGCUUUUCUAGUCGUGUUACGACUCAAAGAUCAGGUUACACUUACACUGUCGCACACUGAUGUCAGGGAGGUUUUCCAAACUUCUGCCCAGCUAUUUUGACUCCAAGACAAGUGAAACAUGAAAAAAAUAUUUCCUGGAUUUAAAUGUUUGUACUAAGUUUGAGGCAAUCUCCAAUGUUGAAAAACAAUCUGAUGCCAAAAGGCAAAAGUAUGGAGUUUCCACUCAAAUCUGGCUGCAAAAGCCAAGAAAACACUGUUAGACUCUAUAAAUGUGCCCACCUGGUACAAACAUCAGUUUUUGUCUCUGUAGCUUUUUCUUUAUCUGCAUAAAUUAUUCAAGGUUAUGUCAAUUUUUUUAUACUCCUCUUUGUCCAUUACCAUAAACUCUGGUGCAUGGGACACACUUUUAACCCCACUAGCCAGCUAACAAGUUCAAUCUGGAUCCUUUUGGGGAGCCGGUCGCCUAGCGGUUAAAGGCGCUCCCCAUGUACGUGAGCAUGUCCAGACUUUCAGACUGCCCAAGUGACCACCACAUCUCAUGGGCCUAAUGUUCUUCCCAUGCAUAAAGACUCAAGAGAACAGCAGGCUUGCCUGUUCUUCUGCAAGCCACUUGUGUCUCUCAGGCAAAAUAGACAGAAAAUUACAACUAGGGAGCAAUUUUUACCUUGUUUUAGGAGAUAUUAAUGUCCACAGUGGUGUAAAAUGUUUGCAAUCUAUUUCCUGAUGAUUCUAAACUCUAAACUUCAACAAUCAUGUGAGCUUUCUGUCUCCACAUUAGUAGAAUAUGUCACAGGCAAGAGAAACACUGUACAGUUGUUUUCACUUGUUUUUACUUUUCAAAGUAAAAGCCUGGUUUGGCCUCUCUGUGGAGAACAUGGAGAUAAAACAUCUGAAAAGAGACAAACUUGUGAUGGCUGGGAGAUGCAGCCAACGUGCAGGCAACUGAUAUGAAAGCUGUGACAGCGCUAGCCAAAGCUAACCAGCUGCAAAGAUGUGCAGCAAACACGCACCCAAGUCUGCAAUAGGCGUUAGACCUGACAUGAACCAUUCAGAUACAAAUUAUGUUUUAACCAAUCUGUUAACAUGUUUAUUUCUUAGGUAAAUAAAUGUAUUUAAACAUGUCUAUGAAACAUGAGGCUUCUGCAAUAAGCCAAAAGUUGAGGCUCCAGGAACUGCAGUUUGUUUUUUGUUUUUUUAACACCAGAGGUUGCCAUUUGGAGUCCGCACAUCCAGUACGGUUUCUGCUGUCGUUUGACUUCAGAAGCUUUCCAGUGAAAUGGCUUAUGUCACUGAGCCUAUCUGGUCUGUUGUUUUACUCCUGUCCUUUUUUGUGAGAUUAAUAUAUCGUUGUUGUCAAUUUUGGAGCAGGUGUUUCACAGCCUACAGGUGCCUAGAUGGCUCAACAACAGACAAAGGCUGCAGGUUUAUUUCUCUGCUGCUUAAAUUUAUUUAUUGCACUAAGUGAAGCUGGAGUCCUUUGAGGAACAGAUAUGAAAAUAGUAAAGACAAGGAAGAGAGGCAGCUAAUUUUCAUUUUCAAGUGAAAAAAGGUUUAAAAAUAUUGUGGCAGAGCAAAGAAAAACAUUGUCUUGCUGCUUUAUUACCCAUAAUGCAAAUAAACCACCUGAUAUCUGCUCCUGAACAUUCUCCAUUAGGUUUCAAAUAACACAAGGGCAGGAUAACUACAGUAAACCUGAUUCUGUUCUUGUUAUUUCACUUUAAUGAGUUUUUACCCCAGCUGUAUUCACAUAAAAAGCUUUAUGCUAAUGAAAAUAUUUUCCCUUUAGAGUAACUGGUGUGUAAAGACUUCAGAAGCUGGAUUUAAACAGUAGCAUCUCAGUUUUUUAUUUUGCACUGAUACAGAAUAAUCCAAUUUACCAAACUCGCUCCAUCUGCGGCUCUGGAACGUCACUGCUUGCGGGCUAGACGCUGAGACUGUGAGGGAGAGAAUGUGCAUGUCAACCUUUUUAUAUGGUAUGAUUAAAGAUGGAGGCAAAAAUAAUAAGAAGUGAGCUGUGAUGAUGCUGAAACUUAAGACGAUACAUGAAGGAUGCUGGAGUACGAAGGAUGAGAUCAAAUCUUAUUCCUAUUUUUAUAGGACUAAGUCAAAUUAAUGCUAUGAUGGUACAAUGUUUUUGACUAUUUUUGUUUUUCCCUGGAGUCUCUGAACAUAAGGUGUAUAUUUUCUGUGCAAAAGAAAGAACAACUGCAUCGACAAAAAAAGAAGACAACAACCUGUUUCAGUGUUUGUUUACAGACGUUUUUUAAUAAAUGAUCAAUGUCGGAAAAUGACUAUCACAUGUUUUUGAUUUGGAUGCAAACGUAUGAAUAUUUGUUUUGGACUGUUUUUUGCAAAUCUAAACAUAAAGACCUUUCCUUGCUGGUAUAAAAAUACAUCCAGUUACUGGAUGAACUCAGAUUCAAAUUCUGCAAGAGCCAAGGGUUUAAACAACUGCCACGGUUGUUCAUUUUACCUUAAAGUGUCAGACUAAAACAGACACCUGCAAUGUAAAUAGCUACCCAACAUUUCCAAAACAUCUAUUCAAAACUUUCCCUUUGAUUUCUGUUUAAUGGUUGUUUUUAUUGUGUUUAUUUAGUGUUGAAGUACCUCUGGCCUUAAACUGUUUUAAAGUGAAGACUACUUAAAACCACUCGGAUGGAAACAACGAACAGCAGACAACAAUUUUAGGCAACAGAUUUCUUAAACCAAGUAUGUCGAAACAGCAUGCAACUCAAGGGCCAGUUAUUCAGUGUUUCCUCUUGGUGCGUCCUCAGUAACCAUGCAGUGCUGAUGGAUUGGACAGGUUCCACAUCUGUCAUAAAGCAGAUCCAUCUUUCAAAGCUUCAAGCUUGUUCCUUAGUGUGAGAAUGACCGGUCCAGUCAGCAUCAUUUUAGGAGGAAGAGGCAGUACCUGUGGGCAUGGUUUAGGGGCCACUUUAUGGAGUUAACUUGAUGCCCAUGACAUCAAAUGUCAUUGCUCUGAUAGUCCUGUAAUGAAAGCAACAGACAGAACAUUCAUUCAUCACCCUCCAAAUCCUUUUGAGAGGUUUGUGCCCUUCCCAAGCACCGUCUAUGCUGUGUCUCCCAGAUGGAUAUUAAAUACAUCCCAUGCUAUCGAUAUGUGAAACUGAUAAUCUGGCAUGUCAGGUUAAGUCCACAAGAUGCAAUGUAACAUGACACAACGUGCAGUUUUUACCUGUUUUUAUCUUUCUCUUUCCUUGCUCACAGAGCUCAUUAGCUUGUUUUACAAAGUGGAGAUAGUGGUGCAUUAUUUAUAAUAUUCACAUCCCUGUUUGAUUUGUAAAAACCAAGCCAAACUAUUACUCUGUAAAAGACUUGUCGGCUCGAGGCACUGCACUUUUGUUUCUCCGCAUUUAAAAUCAAAACGUUAGAUGUGUGGGGCACGGAUGACCUUCACCACAUGCCAUUCCCCGAUUGCUCAUCCCUGUUUCUAGUUCUGUCCUCUGUCCUAUCUCCAAAAAAGUUAGAAAAGUCCUAAAAAUAAAUCUAAUAAAAUAACUGAUUUUUUUAAGCCAGUGGUUCUCAACUGGUCCGGCCACCAGUCUGUCUUACAACAGAUUGUGACCCAAGUUUUCAAAAAAACAUGCUUAGUAAAUUGAAUAUGUUGCAGUUUGGAGCAUGAUUGGACCAAAACACUUGAUAUAAAAAUGAAAAGGGACAAAACUGACAAAUUGCAUACCCUCUUUCCCCAUCAUUCUGUGUCAAUUGUUUCCAGUUUUCCAGAGAACUUGUGAAAUUACAUCAUUAUCAUGGGAAAAGUAGGCAUUUAUUGCAAGAGGAGAGAUUAAUUAGUUGAAAUAUUGAUCAAACAUUUAAAGGAACCCAUUUUAACAAUAAAAAAUGAUCAAAUUAAACGUACUGAUGCAUUUCUAAUAAGCGCUUUAGGACUUUUGCCACCGUUUUAUUUCAGACUCCUAGUCAUGACCCACCAGUUGAGAACCACUGGUCUUAACCAUAAAUGUCUUCAUUCUGUUUAAGGGGGUUAACUGAAGUUUAUUUAUCCACAUUUGAUGCUUGUUGUUCUGUUAGUACACAGAAUGGAAUAAUGUACUAUCGUUUAGCUUGGAAAGUCAAAUCUGGGAACAACAUCCCAUCUUAGUUGAUGGCAUUGUAGUUGUUGGAUUAUAACUGGAGGUUAAUGAAGCUCUUCCCAAUUGGAGUUCUGGCUCCAGGAGGCCUUCAGGAUGACAUAUCCAACUGCGUCUGGAGUUACAGACUUCUGAGAUUAAUUGGAACCCACCACAUUAAACUUUCCAUGGAGAUUAAGAAAUAUACUCAUAAGAAUGAGAGCAUAUUGUUUAGGUAUGUUAUGGUAAAAUGGAUUGUUUCCUCAGUUAAAGUUACAGCAAUAAUUCAGUUAGCCUGUAAAUGGUAUUUUCCAUUGUGUUUUAACAUCAAGCUAAUGAACUAAAAUGGUCUAUAUCCAUGAGAAAUUUCACCCUUCACCUGCUGCCACUGGCUACCGGGGGUGAAAAACUACAUGGAGCACCUUGGGAGCAGCAGGAGAAGUUAGUUUUCCAAGCAGGCAGCACAGGUUCUACUCUAACUUGUGCCUCCUACCCCUGAUUUCCAACACCAUCCACUGUCCUGUCCCCUAUGAUUGGUUACUUUUUCAAAUUUCAAAAUAAGACAGCCAGACAGUUGAUGAUGAUAUUUCAAACAAAAAAGAUGAAGGUUUAAAAUAAUAAAAGCUAAGGUUAAAAAAAAAAAAAAGGAUCAUGAAAAUUUGCUGUUAAAUCCUUCACCAGCUUACUGUAGCACCACUUUAAUGAUAGUAGUGGGCUUAGAGAAACCUCAGAAUCAGUCUGAACCAUGAUUUAUGCAAAGCACACAUCAGUCUUUACUCCUAUCAUCCGUCUGAAAUUGUUGCUGCUGUUCGUGUCUGUCCUCGUCUGAACCCCCCGCUCUGAGCUGAACUAAAAAGACCUCUCUGGUGUCUUCAUUUCACUACCGCUUGUCUAAGAAAAGCAGGCGAACUUUGUACAUGGAUUGAUUUUAUUUUUCAUAGUUGUUGAGCACACUUAGAUAAGAAAAUAACAGUAAAAAAAAAUUAAUGUAUUUUUAACCCUUUCAUGCAUAGUAGUCACUACAGUGAACAGCUCCUAAUGAGCCAUUUUGUGCUAAAUGAAUGGGUUUUGAUUAUAAUUUCACAUCAGCCUCUAUAGUGGCCAUGAGCAAGUCUUCAUGCUGCCACCAACCAUCACUAACAGUCUACUCAUAAUUUCAAGUUCGAGGGACAUAUAGAAGCUGAAUUAUAAACCAGAACAGGAAAACACAAGUGUCAGAUGUGAUCAGAUUACAAAAUACAUACAUUAUAGCAUUUUAUUAUUAUAAUAGCAAUAAAUAGAAUAAUCUGUAAGCAAAAAAACAAAGAGAUGUUACUAAACAUGCUCUGAAAUGUUAGUUUAACCAUGUAAUGGUACUUUGAUGGGCUUUUACAUGUAAUUUAAACAAGUGAAUUUAAUCUACUAUUGGUACUAAGAUCUGUGUUAAUGUGACGGGUAGAUAAAUAAAUAUGCCGCUUGCAGAAAGAGAUGUGGUUAGUUUCACAGGUUUAUUUUGUAUAACCAGUUAAUAUGGAGCUACCAGGGAGUUUCUAUUUAAAACACAUCCACUUUAAAGUUCAACUAUCGUAGACUAAUCAAUGGCUGUGACUGUUUUAGAGUCUGGAUUUUUUUGUCAUUUCAGGCUCUAACUCAUCAGUUUAACUGAUGUUUCCAAGGACUUUUACAUGCAGCCUAAAUAGGUGGGAUUUUAUCCUUUUUCUUCUUCCCUGGUUAACCAAAAUAAAUAAAGACCUGUACUUCUUAAAUGACCAUCAACAAGUGGGGCACAUCAGUCCUGAAAGCAGUUUCAGGGGGGUUCAGAUGUAGUGCAGCCCAGUCUGAGCUGGUUAAUGUGGUCUUCACUCCCCGGUGUAUCAGAGCCAUAAUUUAUCUGUUUUUAAGUCAUUUUGAUUAUUUCAAACAACU